UCUCGUCUCGUCUCCUCUCCCUUCGUCUCGCCUCCUCCUCCCCUCAGGGGAGGGGGCGACCAUGCCGAACUUCUGCGCCGCCCCGAACUGCACUCGGAAGAGCACCCAGUCCGACCUGGCCUUCUUCAGGUUCCCGAGGGACCCCGCCCGGUGCCAAAAGUGGGUGGAGAACUGUCGGCGGGCAGACUUGGAGGACAAGACCCCCGACCAGCUGAAUAAGCACUACCGGCUCUGCGCCAAGCACUUCGAGGCCUCUAUGAUCUGCAGGAGUAGCCCCUACAGGACGAUUCUUCGGGAUAACGCAGUUCCAACGAUAUUCGACCUCACCAGCCACCUGAACAACCCUCACAGCAGGCACAGGAAGCGAAUAAAGGAACUGAGCGAAGAUGAGAUCCGCUCCCUGAAGGAGAGGAAAACGGACGAAGCCCACCCCGAGCAGGAGCCGGCCCACCCCGAAACGAACCACAGCGACGGCGCCUCGGCGGCCGGGCCGGAGGGCGGCGGGGCGGGGCGGCGGCCGCCCGCGGAGGAGCCGGCGCCCCUGACGCAGGAGGAGCGGGAGAACAAGGACUACCUGAAGUCCCUGUUUGAGAUCCUGAUCCUCAUGGGGCGGCAGAACAUCCCCCUGGACGGCCCCGAGGCGGACGAGGUCCCCGAGGGCCUGUUCGCCCCCGACAACUUCCAGGCCCUGCUGGAGUGCCGCAUCAACGCCGGGGACGAGGUCCUGCGCCGGCGCUUCGAGGCGACGGCGGUGAACGCGCUGUUCUGCUCGCGGGCCCAGCAGCGGCAGAUGCUGGAGAUCUGCGAGAGCUGCGUGCGGGAGGAGACCCUGCGGGAGGUGCGCGACGCCCACUUCUUCUCCCUGGUGACGGACGAGGCGGUGGAGGUGGCGGGCGAGGAGCAGCUGCCCGUCCUGGUGCGCUUCGUCGACGAGGCCCACAACCUGCGCGAGGAGUUCCUGGGCUUCCUGCCCUACGAGGCGGACGCCGAGCUGCUGGCCGUCCAGUUCCACGCCACGGUCACGGAGAAGUGGGGGCUGAACAUGGAGUACUGCCGGGGCCAGGCCUACGCCGUGUCCGGCGGGCUGUCGGCCAAGAUGAAGCUGGUGGCCACCCGGCUCCUGGAGAAGUACCCGCAGGCGGUGUGCACCCUGUGCUCCGCCUGGGCCCUGAACGUGUGGCUGGCCAAGUCGGUGCCCGUGGCGGGCGUGGCCGUGGCGCUGGGGACCAUGGAGGAGGUGUGCGCCUUCUUCCGCCGGGCGCCCCCGCUGCUGCUGGAGCUGGACGGGGUCAUCGCGGUGCUGUUCCAGGGCAGCGAGGAGAAGGGCCGGCAGCUGAGGGAGCUGUGCCGCUCGCGGUGGACCGGCCGGCACGACGCCUUCGAGGUGGCCGUGGACCUGCUGCAGGCCUACGUGCUCUGCCUGGACGGGAUCGCCGGGGGGGGGGGGGGGGGGGGGGGCCCCGCCCGGCGGAGCGGGGCCGUCACCGGCCGGGCCGUCCUGCUGGCCGGCGCCCUGGCGGACUUCGACUUCAUCGUGACCGUGGUGGUCCUGAAGAACGUCCUGUCCUUCACCCGGGCCUUCGGGAAGAACCUGCAGGGCCAGACGGCGGACGUGUUCUUCGCCGCCGGCAGCCUGACCGCGGUGCUGCACUCCCUGAACGAGGUCCUGGAGAACAUCGAGGUGUACCACGAGUUCUGGUUCGAGGAGGCCACGGCCCUGGCGGCCAGGCUGGCCGUCCCCCUCGGCCUGCCCGGCCGCCGCGGCCGGGCCCCCCGGGGGGGCCGCCCCGAGGCGGAGCCGACCCCCGAGAGCUUCUACAAGGAGGCCCUGAGCCUGCCCACCGUGGAGCACGUGGUGCAGGAGCUCAAGGACGUCUUCUCCGAGCGGCACCUCCGGGCCCUCAAGUGCCUGUCCCUGGUGCCCUCCGUCAUGGGGCAGCUCAAGUUCAACACGGCGGAGGAGCAGCACGCCGACCUGUACCGCGGCGACCUGCCCAACCCCGACACGCUGGCCGCCGAGCUGCACUGCUGGAGGAUCAAGUGGAAGCACCGGGGCAAGGACAUCGAGCUCCCGGGCACCGUGCGCGACGCCCUCCACCUGCCCGACAUCAAGUUCUUCCCCAACGUCUACGCGCUGCUCAAGGUCCUGUGCAUCCUCCCGCUCAUGAGGGUGGAGCCCGAGCGGGGCGCCGGCGGGCGGAGGCGCCUCCGGGCCUACCUCCGCCACACCCUGACGGGCCAGCGCUGCGGCAGCAUGGCCCUGCUCAACAUCAACCUGGACAUUAAGCAUGACCUGGACCUCAUGGUGGACACCUACAUCAAGCUCUACCCGCCCAAGGCCGAGGGCGCCGAGGGGCCCGAGGGCCUCCCCGCCGACCCCCCGCCUCCCGAGCGGGCGUGAUUUUGGCGGGGGGCGGUGGCGGGGUGGCGUGCCUCUCCUCGUCCGGGGCGAGGAAUUAGCAUCCUUUCGGAUCCUCCCGGCUGCGAAAGCGACCCUCCCGGGACUCCUCGGGGAGGAGACGGGGCCGAGAGGGUCGGCCGCCCACCCGGAGCCUCGCCGCCCCGCUCCGCGUUCUCGGUUGCCGUGAGGCGGCGAUGUGUGUUGGGGGCGGGGUGGUGGGGGGUGGUUUUUAGGAGUUCAAACGGCGUUCGCUACUGACCGGUGACGGGCAUGUUUGUUUUUUAAAGUCUGUCGUAAAGGUCUGGAGGCGGGACUCGUGGGGAGGAGGGCGGGAACCGACUGGGGCGCCUGGCCGGGCUCUCCGUCCCCCGGGUCGUCCGCCCCGCCGCCCCGUUAAGGGGCUCCGCGCUCCUCGGCGGACGGGCCUGGACCGUUCGGGUUUUUGACGGACAGGACCGGAGGGUGACUGCGAGGCUGUUUUCGAGCCACCGAGAACUCAGCUGUCUGUGUGUGUGUGUGUGUGUGUGUGUGCUUGUGUGUGUGUAUGGGUGUGCGUGCCCGCACGCCGGCCGGACUCCGCCACCUCACCCCAACUCGCACGGCGAAUCCGGGGACCAGGCGGACCCGCCUUCUUUUGGCUCAUCUCUGGGGUAACGGGAAAUACCGUUUUAUUUUGGGGGAGGACAGCGUUUUUGUACAGUGCAUUUCCAUCUAAAAUAAAAUGUGAAUUUUCUUUAACACG